AUGUUUGACCGCGGUAAGCAGGGUUACAUUAUGGCAACACAAAUUGGUCAAAUUAUGCAUGCAAUGGAACAGGAUUUUGAUGAAAAACAACUUCGAAAAUUGAUCCGUAAAUUUGACGCGGACGGAUCCGGAAAACUGGAAUUUGAUGAGUUUUGUGCCCUCGUCUAUACCGUUGCCAAUACGGUCGAUAAGGAAACAUUGCAGAAAGAACUGAGAGAAGCUUUCCGCCUUUUUGACAAAGAGGGUAAUGGUUAUAUAUCUCGGCCAACACUGAAAGCGCUUCUGAAGGAAAUUGCUGAUGAUUUGAGCGAUGAACAGCUAGAAGCAGCGGUAGAUGAGAUCGAUGAAGAUGGUUCCGGAAAGAUUGAGUUUGAAGAAUUUUGGGAAUUAAUGGCCGGUGAUGCUGAUUGA